AUGUGGAUUAUUGAUUGGUUUUGGGAUGUUCUGUCCUCGCUUGGACUUAUGAACAAGCAUGCCAAGCUCCUCUUCCUUGGACUUGACAAUGCUGGAAAGACCACGCUGCUGCAUAUGCUCAAGAACGACAGGGUUGCUGUUCUCCAGCCAACCCUGCACCCCACUUCGGAGGAGCUGUCGAUAGGAAACGUCAAGUUCACAACCUUCGACCUUGGAGGCCACGCGCAAGCCCGACGAUUGUGGCGCGACUACUUCCCCGAAGUCUCCGGCAUUGUCUUCCUUGUCGAUGCCAAGGACCAUGAGCGUCUUACCGAGUCGAAGGCUGAGCUCGACGCUCUCCUCGCCAUGGAGGAGCUCAAGAACACUCCUUUCGUCAUUCUUGGUAACAAGAUUGAUCACCCCGACGCCGUCUCCGAGGACCAGCUCCGCUCUAUUCUUGGUCUAUAUCAGACAACCGGCAAGGGCAAGGUCCCCCUCGAGGGUAUCCGACCCGUUGAAGUCUUCAUGUGCAGUGUCGUCAUGAGGCAGGGAUACGGCGAGGGCAUCCGAUGGUUGAGCCAAUAUGUCUAA